AUGAGCUUAUCCCCUCCCCCCACACAACAAUCACAGCCACAGCAGCAGCAACCAUUGCCAAUAUCUUCAUCUCUGAUUCCCCGGAAACGAUCUCUUAACGAUACCCACGGCUCAAUUGAAUCAUCACCUAGCGGACAUAAGUGUGUCUUGGCCGUGAGUUACGACACAGAGAACCAGGAAAAUCAGGACCCCGCCGUCACAGCAUCGACAAAAGAAACGAUACACUCACGUGAACAAGAGCCUAUCUGGGGUGACGCUCCACGCAUACAAGUUGUGGUGGAAAAUAGUACAACCACCACCGCGAUCAUGUCAGGACCAAAAGAAUCCACACCCGCGUGUAUACCUUCUGUGGAAAACGGAAACUCUCGGCAGCUGGGCUCUGGGUCUCCGGCGAAAACAGAUCAAGCCUCGGCUCCUGCAUCGAAGAAGCGAAAACUGUCUCCGUCAAGUCUGGAUGCCAAACAGCAAGAAAAGGAAGCUCGGGAGCGGCAAAAACUAGAGGAGAAGGCCAAGAAGGAUGAAGAGAAGCGGAUCAAGGCAGAGGAGAAGAAAAAGCGGGAGGAGGAGCGAGAAGAAGAGAAGCGAUUGAAGGAAGAGGAGAAGAAGAAGCGCGAGGAGGAGCGAGAAGAAGAGAGACGAUUGAAAGAAGAGGAGAGAAAGAAACGAGAAGCGGAGAGGGAAGAGAAGAGGAAAGCCAAGGAUGAGGAAAAGGCUGCCAAAGAGGCGGCGAAAGAAGAAGAGAAAAAGCGAAAAGAGGAGGAAAAGCUGAAGAAGGAAAGGGCACAACCUAAGCUUAACUCUUUCUUUGCCAAACCAUCCUCUCCUGGCCCCAAAAUCGCACCAGCCAACGAGAGCCCUAUCCUGGCCAAAACCCCCGCGGUGGUCGCUGCGGAGAGUGAUGAGAGUACCGCAAAGCCGACGCGUUCAGAUUACGAAAGGGCUUUUCCGGAAUUCUACCUCCAUUCGCAUACUACGCUCGCGCCGUUGCAUCGCUUUGAACGAGACCCUCAAGCUCUCGAGCACGUUCGUCAGGCGAUAGACGCAACCCUGAGCACGAGCGACACAAGUCAACCUCGCAAGGUCUCGUUCCGGCCUUCGGAAACAUUUAAAUACAUGCCUUUUCGAAGACGCUGUGGCCGUCCGCGGCCAUCAGUGAAGGACCUCCUGCUGAGGAUGCAGAACGCUGGUGACGAUCUGUUGAUGGAUCUCGACCCUAAAGACCAGCACAAGGCAGCUGAAGAUGCCCACAAGGCUCUUCGUCAGGUGCCUAUGAAGGUUUUGAAAUUCGGAGAGGACGUGCGGCCUCCUUACCAGGGUACGUUUACUCGGCAAAUCGACGAGGUAUCUGCGCGCAGGCUCGCACGGAACCCAUAUCAUCGCGGCCUCCCCCAUGUGAACUAUGAUUAUGACUCCGAGGCGGAGUGGGAGGAACCCGAAGAAGAAGGCGAAGACCUUGACUCUGAAAAUGACGAAGAUGAAAGUGACGAUGGCGAUGAUGACAUGGCCGAGUUCCUCGAUGAUGAAGAUGAUGCCUUGCUUGGCGGCAAGCGCCGGCUCAUAGUCGGGGAUCUGGAGCCCAACUGCAGUGGAAUCUGCUGGGCCGCUGAUGGCGUGACCCCGGAGAUGAAGGGAUAUCAAAUCGAAACCAUCUCCGAUACGGUUCGCUUCCCGAUCGACCCUUUCUCUACGGCUUACUGGGAGAAGCCUAAGCCCGUGGACUCGACCCCAGCUCAAGCACGACAUGCGCUCUCCAGUAAGAGCACUCUCGAUGUGUUCCGGGUGACCAAUUCAGCGGCCGCACCUCUUCCAGCCAAUGCUGCACAGUCCAUCAUGGGUGGUGGCAAGGCCAAAAAGCCCUUCCCCCCGGAACAGCUGGGCGAGUUUCGGGCCGCGGUUGAAGCCAGCGAUCUCGGUAAGGUUGGAACUAUUGAGAUUCUGAAGAAACGGUUUCCCAAAGUCCCCAGGAAUACCCUCAAAGCUACCCUUGAUCAAUAUGCUGUCCGAGUUGGCCAAAAAGAGACAGACAAGAAAUGGGUCUGGCAAUGA